AUGUUUACUCCGGUUUUGGUCUUAUUGACUAUUGUCAUCAGCGUUGCAGAUGCAUAUAGAUUGCCAGUAGUAGUAGUAACUUCAAAGGAGGACUUGUCGGUAAAGAAACAAAAAUUAGAAGAGACAAAUGGUACCUUUGAAGGCGACAUACUUCUACCGCCAGCUCGAAACCGUGGAGUAGUAAAGAUUGGUACUAGUGUACGUUGGCCAAAUGGUAUUGUGCCCUACGAAUUUGCAACGGGUUACACGGCUGAGCAACAAGCAGCUAUUGUUAGCCGAAUGCGAAAAUUGGAAAGUUUAAUAGCUAUCAACAAUGUACGAUGUAUACAGUUUCGACCGAGAGUAUCAUCGGAUGUGUAUUAUAUUACUAUACGCAAUGGAGAAGGCUGUUCUUCAUAUGUCGGACAAAAUACGGAAUUCACCAUGGAACGAACUGUUACACUAAAUUAUCCAGGUUGCUUUGAUGAUGGAAGAACUAUGCACGAAUUUAUACAUACAUUAGGAUUCUAUCAUGAACAAUCACGACCUGAUCGUGAUGCUUAUGUAGAAAUUAUUUGGAAGAAUAUACAAACAAACACGCAAUCGAAUUUUCAAAAAUACGAUAAUACGGCGGUCAAUACGCUCAAUACUCCAUACGAUUAUGCAUCAAUAAUGCACUAUGAAGAAACUGCAUUUUCCAUCAAUUCUUCACCAACAAUUAAACUACUUCAAGCCAACGUCAAAACUGGACAACGUUAUAAGUUAAGUCCAAUUGAUAUUCAAGAAAUUCGUCAAUUCUAUAAUUGUCCAGCAACUGGAUCCCUAUUAACAACAGCAAUGCCCACUACAACAAUUGCUCCAUCUUUAAAUCCAUCGUACUAUUCAAGCCAAUUAACAAUCAAUCAUCCAAAAUUCGCUCGCAAUGGCGGUUUCGGAGCUAAUUACUAUUAUGAAAAUCUUCGAUUGACAGUUCCAGCAGGUGGCUUAUAUACUUUUCAGUGCGACAGCUAUAUUGACUCAUUUGCCUCUCUCUAUUUCACAAGUUUUAAUCCAUCCAAUUCGGCUACAAAUUUAUAUUGGUCAAUUGAUGACGCAAACAGUGAUAAUUGGGAAUUCAAAUUUGCAAUAAAUUUUCCUUCCGCUUAUACAAUGGAUUUUGUUGUCACCACUUACAGUUCAGGUGUAACAGGACCAUUCCAGAUCGUUGCAACUGGCCCAAAUAAAGCGACUUUUAAUCGAAUCAGUAGCAUCGGAAACUCAAAUAAUGGAUGA